GUGGUGGUAUGACUAUCAGAGCUGGUUUACCAAUGGAAGACUUAGAAUUUGUUUAAUUCCAUCCUACUGGUAUUUAUGGAUCUGGAUGUCUUAUGACUGAAGGAUGUAGAGGAGAAGGUGGUAUUCUUAGAAAUUCUUUGGGAGAAAGAUUUAUGGAAAGAUAUGCUCCUACAGCUAAAGAUUUAGCUAGUAGAGAUGUUGUCUCUAGAGCGAUGACUAAAGAAAUUUUAGAAGGAAGAGGGUAUAUUAUUAUUCUAGUAUUCUUUAGAGUUGGACCAGAAAAAGAUCAUAUUUAUUUACAUUUAAAUCAUUUACCUGCUGAAUUAUUACAUGAAAGAUUACCAGGCAUCAGUGAAGCAGCAAAAAUCUUUGCAGGAGUUGAUGUUACUAAAGAACCAGCACCCGUAUUGCCAACUGUUCAUUAUAAUAUGGGUGGAAUACCUACAAAUUAUAAAACAGAAGUGUUAAAUUAAGUCAAUGGAAAAGAUUAAAUUGUACCAGGACUAUUAGCUGCAGGAGAAGCUGCUUGUGCUUCAGUUCAUGGUGCAAAUAGAUUAGGAGCUAAUUCAUUAUUAGAUAUUGUUGUUUUUGGAAGAUAAGCAGCUAAUUUAGUAGGAGAGAAAUGGAAACCUGGAUAAAAAUAACCAGAUUUACCAAAGAAUGCUGGUGAAGCAGCUAUUGCAAGAAUUGAUAGACUUAGACAUCAUGAAGGAUCAUAAACUAUUGCAUAAGUUAGAAAAGAUUUAUAAAGAACAAUGUAAAAACAUGCAGCUGUCUUCCGAAUUGAAAAAACACUUUAAGAAGGUGUUGAAAAAGUAAAGGAAAUCUAUUCAAGAAAAGAUGAUGUUAGAAUUAAAGAUAAAGGAUUAGUUUGGAAUUCUGAUCUCAUUGAAGGAUUAGAAUUAGAAAACUUAUUAUGUAAUUUAUUUUUUAUAACAAUUAUAUAGUAUAAGGAAAAAUGACUAUUGAAGGUGCUCUCAAUAGAAAGGAAUCUAGAGGUGCUCAUGCAAGAGAUGAUUAUCCUGAUAGAGAUGAUAAAAAUUGGAUGAAACACACUCUUGCUAGAAUUCAAGAUACUAAGUUAGGAGAUGUUCAAUUGACUUAUAGAGAUGUAUUUAACUAUUCAUUAUAUAAUUUUAGGUCAUUUCAAAAACUAUGGAUCCUAAUGAAUUUGACACUGUACCACCUAAGAAGAGAGUCUAUUGAUCAUUAUACAAUAAAAUAUAUAAAAUUAUCUAAAACCAC